AUGUUUGGAGCAAUCAGAUCCCAGGCCUUUCGGCAGAACGUCCGACAGGCAUAUCAGAAAAGACAUUUUGUUCAGCUAGCCCAGAGCGUUCGCUCCACAUACCCAAUUUCAGAAAUCACCACGUCCGAGUUAAACUCGUCUCUUUCUUCACCCGAAAAACCCAUAGUAAUUGAUGUUCGUGAAAAAGAAGAACAGGUGCAAGGCGUAAUUCCAAGCGCGAUUACCAUCCCCAGAGGUGUAUUGGAAAGAGACGUGGAGCAAUUGGCUGGAAGCGUUGAUGAGGUUAAUGCCAAGAAGGAUCAAAAGGUGGUUUUGUAUUGCGCAGGUGGUGUGAGGAGUUUACUGGCGGCAGAGAGUUUGAUUAGAUUAGGAUAUAAGAAGGAGAAUAUAUUCAGUUUGGAAGGCGGCUAUCAGAAAUGGAAGAAAGCCGGAUUCGACGUUGAGCCGUAUGAAAAGAAAUAA